UGACACAUUUGAUCGUUAUCUGUUUCCAGAUUUUCGUCUUUUGAAACGUAAAAACUGUCGAGAUGGCUGGUGCAAUGCUAUUUGAACGAGCACAAGCAAUUUCUAUGACGAAUCGCAGUGAAGGUAUUUCCCUGUUAAAUGAAAUCGUCUCCGAUCCUAGUAUCGGAGUCGCCGACGAUGACGAAGACAAUAUUCGGGUGAAGGAACAAGGUAUUUUACACCUUGGUGAACUCUACAAGAAAGAAGGCAAAGCAAAAGAACUGGCUGAACUGAUCAAAGCUACUAGACCAUUUCUUAGCUUAAUUAGCAAAGCCAAAGCUGCUAAGCUCGUGCGUUCAUUAGUAGACUUUUUCUUGGACUUAGAAGCUGGUAUUGGAAUUGAGGUUCAAUUGUGUAAAGAAUGUAUAGAAUGGGCAAAGGAAGAACGUCGAACAUUUUUAAGGCAAUCUCUGGAGGCACGUUUAAUAGCAUUAUAUUUUGAUACUGGUAUGUACAGCGAGGCGUUACAAUUGGGAUCUGCUUUACUCAAAGAACUGAAGAAACUUGACGACAAACAACUAUUAGUCGAGGUUCAAUUAUUAGAAAGUAAAACGUAUCAUGCUCUAAGUAAUUUAGCAAAAGCAAGGGCAGCCCUUACCAGUGCUAGAACAACAGCCAAUGCAAUUUACUGUCCACCCAAAAUGCAAGCUGCUUUAGACUUACAGUCUGGAAUUUUACAUGCCGCCGAUGAACGAGACUUCAAAACAGCUUAUUCUUAUUUCUACGAAGCAUUCGAAGGGUAUGACAGCGUUGACAGUCCAAAGGCUUUAACAGCAUUAAAGUACAUGUUACUGUCGAAAAUUAUGCUACGUACACCCGAAGAUGUUCAGUCGAUUAUGUCUGGGAAGUUAGCCGUUAAAUAUGCCGGCCGGGAUUUGGACGCGAUGCGUGCUGUCGCCGAAGCCAGUUCUCGGCGAUCACUGGCAGACUUUCAAAUCGCUGUGAAAAAGUAUCGCGAAGAACUAGAGGAUGAUGUGAUUGUACGCGCUCAUCUUGGUUCUCUAUAUGAUGCCAUGCUAGAGCAAAACCUGUGCCGCUUGGUUGAACCUUAUUCUCGCGUACAGGUCAGUCACAUCGCAACCUGCAUAUCAUUGCCACUCGCUCAAGUGGAAAAGAAACUCUCACAAAUGAUACUGGAUAAAAAAUUGAGGGGUGUUCUCGAUCAAGGCGAAGGUGUAUUAAUUGUUUUUGAGGACACGCCACGUGAUAAAACUUACGAACUUGCAUUGGAUACGAUACACAGUAUGGGAAAAGUCGUCGACACACUUUAUCAAAAAGCGAAAAAACUCACUUAGCCAUAUUUAAUAUAUACGUACUUCUAACAACAAAGUUUAUUAUAAUUAUUAUUACCAUUAACUAUCAUUUCGUGUCUAUAGACAAUUUAAAUCAUACCCUGUAAUGUUCAUUAUAUCAUUUAAAAUGACGCGUUUCUGCUUCAAAUACUUCCAUUUUUUUAUUUCACCAUAAAUUGCAAUAACAUUUAUUUCAAAAUGUUAUACGAUUCGAUUGAUUGAAAAUACUUCUCGUCAUGUAUACGAGCAUACAUAGUUUGUAUAGCAGAUACGACGAGCGUCCGUCGCGUGCACCGAUCCCUUUUGUUACUCAGAUACAUGCGAAACCCAUUUAACUCUAAGGUGUUACAUGCAACAGUACUUCUUUUAAACAGUUCUUUCCUUUGGUAACAAAUUAAGAACACGAUACCGUGAUGUGCAAACUGUGAAAUACAAUACCAUAAUGUAAAAUUGUUUGCUAUUCAUUUAUAUGACCUAUUUAAAUUGUUCAAAAAUAAAGGUAACAAAC